AUGGCGCCAGAGGCAGCGAAACGUGGAGAACUUGAUACUUGCAGACGCCAGCCCAUAUCACCCGAAGAGGCGGAUGAUCUGAUAAGUCAAUGCGAUACGAUGCUGGAGUCGAUCCAAGGCGACAUUCUCGACGCUGCCGCCCUCGCUCAAGAGGCCGGUUUUACCGUCGAAUCCGACUUGACGGCCAUCCGUACGGGAACCGCCGCGACCGUGUUGACGGCUGGACACUCCAACACGGAUCAUGUUGUUGUCUGGACACAGGAUUACGCCACAGAUCGGAUUGCGGAACUCAAACGUAACAUGGCUACCCGUGUAAGGGCACAACAGCCCGAGGCCAAAGGCCAAGAUCGCUGGGAUAAGCCCAAACUACCGGGGGAACGCCGUCGGCGGAUUGUGCGUGAAAAAGAUGCACCCGAAGCUCCCCCCGAGCCGCCUUCGUCGGGAUAUAUUAUCUUUCUGGGCCAGAUGACGACCAAAAUGCGACACGAUCGACCGAAUGAACAGCAUAGUCAAACGCGGGUAGUGCAAGAAAUAAGCAAAAUGUGGAGAAUCGGGCUGUCCGAUGAAGAGCGCCAGUAUUAUGCUGAUUUUUGUGAGCAAGCACGUGUAGAAUACAAGCAGCAAGACUUAGAAUUUCGAGCAACCGGUACUUUCAAGCCAUCGGAAGAGUUUGUGAGGGAAGCAGGUGUGGGGCUGUGGGUUCGGAAGACAUGGAAGAAGAAAAAUGUUUUGGAAAAAGAGAUUGCGCAGUACGAUACAGUAAAAUUUCCGAUGCGUCCACCUGAAUUUGACGAAGCCUACAAAAAGCGAGAAAUAGAGUCUAAGCGGAGGCGAAAGCUUAAGCAAAAAGGACUGCUAAAUGAAGAUGGAACCGAAAAACCUUUGUAA